AUGUAUCAUUCAGCAAGUCUUACCAUUUCAGUUUACAUUGCAGCUCUUCUUGUGUGGCGUCUGGUCCGGUUUACCCUCCUCCCAAAGCUUCAUCCCCAAGAACCUAGGGAAGUGCCAUACUGGACCCCCUUCCUGGGACACGCUGUGUCUUACAUACGCAACCCCACUAAAGUCCUGACGGACUGCCGGAACUACUUCCACGACGACCGCAAGCCGUUCAGUAUCACUUUGGCCGGAAAGCGCUUGUAUAUCAUCACUGCGCCACAGGACGUCACUACCACUUGUCGAAACUCGUCAACUCUUAGCAUGGACAUCUUUACCCAAGAUGUUAUGCGUGGGUUCGACGUGUCGCCGUGGGCACUGGUGAGGGUCUUUCAGAAACCUGGAGAGGACUUCCAGUUGAUCAAUUCGAACCCACGCCAUAAGUCCUUAGCGCAUUUAACGAUGGAACACUUCCGGAGGCAGUUGUUUCCAGGUGAGAAACUGGCGGAGUUAGGACGCAUAACGCUAGAUUACAUCAAUGGAGCUGUACGCUGGGAGUGUUUGAGCUCUCCGAAGUUCCUCCUGGCUGACGCUGGCGAGUACAGGGAGAUCUCUUUGCUUCACUGGUGCGAAGAUGUGUUGCUUCAGGCAGCUACCCAGUCUUUCUUUGGAAGUGCGCUCAUCGGGUUGAGUCCUAACCUCCUCGACAACUUCCUGGCGUUUGAUGCAGUGAGCUGGAAACUCAUGUACCGGCUUCCACGGAUCUUGUCCCAGGACAUGGAAGAGCAGAAAUACAACCUUAUCAAGGCCAUCGAGACGUACCUCGACCUGCCAAAGGAACAACGGCCUGGCGCAAAUUGGUUCACGGAAAUGCAAGAGUUCGAGAUGCGGGGACUGGACAUAUCCACACGGGACAUUGCUAAGCUAAUCUCAGCAAUCUACUGGGUCAUCAAUACGAAUGCCUACAAGCUUCUUUUCUGGAUGCUUGCAUUCCUACUCCAGGACGAAGAUCUCACAGCAACAGUAACGGCCGAACUCCGCGCCGUCUUCCGCUCAGACGGCAAGCUCGAUAUCCCUUCUCUCCAAACUCAUACACCGUACCUUACAGCACUCUGGUAUGAAGCCCUUCGCCUCACCAACUCCUCAGCUUCAGCCCGCGUCGUUACAUCCGACACACAAUUAGGACCAUACGUCCUCCGCGCGGGAAAUCGUCUUCUGAUCCCCUACCAUCAACUCCAUCGUAACGUCUCUACAUUCGGUGAAGACGCUGACAAGUUCGACAUCAGUCGUUUCUUAGAUGACGAAAAACUCCCGCAGAAUCCAAGCUUUAGGCCCUUUGGCGGAGGGGUGACAUACUUCCCCGGACGGUUUCUCGCAAAGCAGGAGAUCUUCAUGGCCAUAGCUUUCUUGCUUUGUCGGUUCGACGUCGAGCUGAAGAUGGAUGGGAAUGUGAAGCAGAAGUUUCCUAGGAUGGACGAGGCGAAGCCGGGGAUUGGGAUUGUAGGGCCAGUUAAGGGUGAUGAUUUGGUUAUUAAGCUGAAGCCCAAGGGAAUGGUUCAGUAA